UAGCUUGACUUGAGCCUUGAGGGUCUUAUUCAGCCAAGUACAACAAUCGAUUGGAGACUCGUCCUCGCCCUCUUCCCAUUUUUCUUCUUCGCUUUUCUCGCUCAAAUAUUCCAUGCACAUAUUGCAAUAUUGAAUGCUCUCCCUGCGGCGGUACAAGGAGCAGGGAAUUGA